AAGUCAACCAUCUCGCCAUUCUUCUUGUCGAUAUCUUCUGCCCAUCUCGAUAACCCGAAGUGCAUAUCUACACACACACGCGACCGCAAAGAAGCCCUCGCCCUCUCGUCAAGCCGCCGACAUGGCCAACUCGGCGCAAUAUGGCCCUCCUCUGGACCCUCCUCGUGCUACCAACGGAGGCCGACCCAAGAAAGUCGCCUACUUCUACGAUUCUGAUGUCGGAAACUACGCCUACAAUGCCGGUCAUCCCAUGAAACCUCACCGCAUCAGAAUGGCCCACAGUCUAAUCAUGAACUACGGCUUGUACAAGAAGAUGGAAAUCUACCGAGCCAAGCCUGCCUCCAAGUACGAAAUGACCCAAUUCCACACCGACGAAUAUGUCGACUUCCUCUCAAAAGUCACUCCCGACAACAUGGACAGCUACGCGAAAGAGCAAGGAAAAUACAAUGUUGGUGAUGAUUGUCCUGUCUUCGAUGGCUUGUUCGAGUACUGUGGCAUCAGCGCCGGUGGCAGUAUGGAGGGUGCUGCUCGUCUGAACCGUCAAAAAUGCGACGUCGCCGUCAACUGGGCUGGAGGUUUGCAUCACGCCAAAAAGAGUGAAGCUUCCGGCUUUUGUUACAUCAACGACAUUGUCCUGGGAAUCAUCGAACUUUUGCGUUUCAAGUCGCGCGUUCUCUACAUCGACAUUGAUGUCCAUCACGGUGACGGUGUUGAGGAAGCCUUCUACUCGACAGACCGCGUCAUGACCUGCUCUUUCCACAAGUACGGAGAGUACUUCCCCGGUACUGGUGAGCUACGCGACAUUGGUGUCGGAAAUGGCAAGAACUACGCCGUCAACUUCCCUCUUCGCGACGGCAUGGACGAUGUCGCAUACAAAAGUGUCUUCGAGCCUAUCAUCGCCAAGAUCAUGGAAUUCUUCCGCCCUGAUGCUGUCGUUCUGCAGUGCGGUGGUGACUCGCUGAGUGGUGAUCGUCUUGGAUGCUUCAAUUUGUCCAUGCGAGGUCACGCAAACUGCGUCAAGUAUGUCAAGAGCUUCAACCUUCCUACUCUGGUACUUGGAGGCGGUGGCUACACCAUGCGAAACGUUGCUCGCACAUGGGCAUACGAGACCGGUCAACUGGUUGGUCAAGAAAUGGGCCCUGAGCUGCCCUACACCGACUACUAUGAAUACUACUCUCCCGACUUCGAACUGGAUGUCCGCCCUUCGAACAUGGACAACGCCAACAGUCCUGAAUACCUCGAGAAAAUCAAGCUACAAGUCUUCGAGAACCUGUCACGUACGAGGUUCGCUCCCAGUGUGCAAAUGACCGACGUGCCACGUUCACCGCUUGUCGUACAACCCAACGAGAAUGACCCGGACAACGAAGGCGACACUGAAGAUUUGGAUGAGCGUGAGCAGCGCCUCGACGAUAAGGACGACGAUGAAAACCCUGACUCUCGCUACACUGAACGCAAGUGGGAUGCUCGUAUCGAGCGCGAUGAUGAGUUUGAGGACUCGGAUGACGAGGAGAUGGAUGCUCUUCUUGGCGUCAAGAAGCAGCCUGGAGCAGAGCCCCGUCGUCCAAGGAUAACGGAUCACAAGAACCCCUACGCCGACAUGGCCGAAGGCUCUCUCGCCGAAUCUGGUACAACCACUCCCCUCGAUACUACAUUACCGCCAGCUGCUGCUCAAGCAGACCAGAUGGUUGUUGACAGAGCACAAGCCGCGAAUGCAGCUGUUGGAGAUGCUAUCAUGGCUGCCAAGGCUUCCGAAGAUCCUCACGCUGUGCAACCCGCCAUGGGUGAGGAAGUCGCCAGUAACGGAACACAACGAGCACGAUCGCCGCAAAACGCCCCCUCGACUACCGCUCAAGCUCCCGCAGCCGAGCCAGAAGACGUCGAGAUGGGUGAGGACGAUGUCGCUGAGCCGCCUGCAAACGCACCGAACUCAAACAACACACAGGCUGGUGCUGGACCUACUGCAACACCUCCCCCGGAUCCGACUGUUGCGGAAACAACUACAACUGCACCAGAAGAUGUCGAGAUGGGAGAUGGUGCUGCUGAAGCUAAGGAAGAGGGCCGCCAAGAACGAGAUGCCGAGGAUGUCCAGGGAGAGAUGAAGCGUGAGGGUGAGGCCGGUGGUAUAAACUAGGAGGAUUUUGUCUCACCGCGCACGCCCUCAGCAUUCCUUCCCGGUUCCUCUGAUCUCAGAUCAAGUCCGCUAAGCUCGCCGCCACCUGAUCCGAUAGCAUGAAUUUCCCGCUCGAAUGAUGGAUCGCCAGGCGCAAACGAUUAUCUUGGAGUUCGGCGUCUCAAACUGCAUUCGUUUCCGGUAUGGCAAGGAGUUUGCUGGGUAUACGUCUUGUU